CAUGUACGAGGCCCUUUAGAGGUUCUCUAUGGCUGGCAUGAUGGCAUGAGUGGCAAGGGGCAUAUUGAUAUAUUCUUGCUAACCUCACAUAUAAAUAUUUGAUAAAUAUUCUAUUAUUGUGAGAAGAAAAAUAACGCAAACAUGUCUAUGCGACCUGAUGAUCACCGGAGAAAAUGGAAUCGAGAGGAAUAUGAAAGGAUUGCCCUUCAAAGACUCCAAGAUGAGAUUGCAGAGGAAGAAUUAGGAAUUCCCAAGCAGCCAGCAGUUAAAAGAGAAUUAUUGAAGCAAAGAGAUUAUAAAGUUGAUCUUGAAUCUAAAUUGGGAAAGAGUGUUGUCAUUAAUAAAAAUACACCAUCAUCACAAACUGGAGGGUAUUACUGCAAUGUUUGCGACUGUGUUGUCAAAGAUUCGAUUAACUUUUUGGACCAUAUCAAUGGGACAAAACAUCAACGUAAUCUGGGGAUGUCCAUGAAGAUAGAACGAUCUACAUUAGAUCAGGUUAGAGCAAGAUUUGCACAAAACAAAAAGAAGCUCGAAGAAAAGAAGAAAGACUAUGACUUGGAACAAAGAGUGAAAGAACUAAAAGAAGAGGAAGAAAAAAUCAAAGAGUACAGAAAGGAAAAGCGAAAAGAUAAGAAGAGGAAGAUUGAAGAGCUAUCCGAGGAUGACGCAGGCCCUUCUGAUGAGAUGGCUGCGAUCAUGGGAUUUUCUGGUUUUGGCUCGAAAAAAAAGUGAUAAACUGCUGCUGUCGAAUAAUUGUGAACAGUUUUCGCUACUUGAAGGAAAAAAUAUUGUUUCCUUGAAGAAGAUCCUGAUCGAGACGAUUUGAAGAUAACGAAACGAGUGAACAACAGUUUUAAUUCCAAUUAUAAUUGGAAUUUGACGAUUCGUGAAUGUACGUUUAUGACGUCUUUUUUUAUUUUUUCACUACAAGAGUCCACUAUUGUUACAAGUUUUUUGAUGUAUUGAAAACAACAAAGAAAACUAUUAAUUACAAAUCCGAUAUUAUCAGUGUAACAAAUCGUAUGAGCUUGAAAAGUAAUUUAAUUAAAAUUAAUUAAAAAUAAGGUUAUUUGGGUACAAUUUGUAAGAUAUAUAAUUUAUCUUUGAAACAAUUCUAUAUUUUUUACGAGUCCCUAUAUUACAAAGUGCAAGACUUUAAGCUUGAUUAAGUUACUGAAAGAAAACGCAUGUUUUUGCGCAUAAUAAAAUUUAUAAAUUAGUUAAAAUUUAAUGUCCUAUUUCAUCAUAUAUCAUUCAUAUGUCAUAAGUAAAGGCUCCUGACUCCUCAGCCGAGAACUCCGCGUUGAUGGUAGCGACAAUCCGUCGCGGGCAAAAUUAAAACUAAUAGACGUGAAACGUGACAGAUUGAUGAUGAGAUGUUGUCGUGCAUGUCAUUUUGUUAUUAUGUGUUUUAUUGUGAAAAUAUGACUUGUUUCAUAUUUACCAAAUUCGUAAAAAUGGACCGCGAGUAUAGUUUCUUUGAAUUUUAUACAUGAAAGCACAUUUUUCACUUUUCAAUAGCUAUCCAUGUGUUUUCCUGUCUGAAUAGGCAUCACUUUACGCGCUUUUUACGAGUAUUUACUGACUGCUAGGCAAACAAGAAUAGUCGUAACCGAUAUUUAGAACUGUUUUAAAGCCAUCUGAUUAAUCUGUUUUAUCCAUAUUGUCUUUAUUUACAAAUAGCCUGUCGGAAACUUAGCUUAACUGUGUGUUUCUUGUUUCAAUAAUUUCACUUUACAUGCUUUUUACGACUAUUUACUGACUGUUAGGCGGAAAAAGGAUAGUCGUAACCGAUAUUUAGAAGUGUUUUAAAGCCAUCAGCUUAGUCUGUUUUAUCCAAAUUGGCUUUAUUUACAAAUGACAUGUUGGACAAAAUUACGUCAUUUCACGCAAUUUCUCGCUUUUGACAUUACGACUUCAAUAUGGCCGCGGCGAAUACUCAGGAGUUUUAAUGCUACCGAAAUUACAGAAAUUAGCUUUUUCAAAUAUUUUUUUGUUUUAUUUUUGAUGGUAAAAAUAAUAUCAUUGUUAGAUUAAAAAGAACACGAGUUUUUGAGAAUUUUUCUAUCAGUAUUCUUGUCACAAUUUAUUUGUAGUGUUCCGACAAAAUUUUCUAUAUGUGUAAUGAAUGUGUCAUACUUGUACAACAUUAAACUAAGACUGAAAAUAAUUUAUAUGAAUUAAGAAAAUUUUAUGCAUCUUAUUAAACAGCCAACAUAAUUAUACAAUAAAAUAAAAACAGCUUGUGAAUAUGUAUUUGCAUAUUAAUUAUUUUCUUCACAGAUAUAGAUGUCUUGAGUUUUGAUUCUGUGCACAAUAUAUAAUUUCUACUUCUCAGUCAUGAAGUCAAAAUUACUAGCUAUAUUAUAAUAUAAAACUAAUAAAACUGUAAUAUAAACUAA